GUGCCUUAUAAAUUUGAAAGUUCAGUGUGGAUUGUGUAGAGAGGAAGUGAGAAGAAGCAGAGGGAGAAAGAAGGGUUUGGAGUGUUAUGGCGAGAGGGGAGAGAGCGGAGACAGAGAGUGGCGUUUCGUUGCCCUCGGUGGGCACGGACGCGAAGAAGCGGAGAGUAACGUACUUCUACGAGCCGUGCAUCGGCGACUACUACUACGGGCAAGGGCACCCGAUGAAGCCUCACCGCAUUCGCAUGGCCCACAACCUCAUCGUUCACUACGGCCUCCACCGCCGCAUGCAGGUCAACCGCCCCUUCCCCGCGGCGGAGGCCGACAUCGGCCGCUUCCACGCCGACGACUACGUCGACUUCCUCUCCACCGUCUCGCCGCAAAUCCUCUCCGAGAAUUCCCACUCCCACUACCGUCAGCUCAAGCGCUUCAACGUCGGCGAGGACUGCCCCGUCUUCGACGGCCUCUUCGACUUCUGCCGCGCCUCCGCCGGCGGCUCCAUCGGCGCCGCCGUCCGCCUCAACCGCGAAGACGCCGACGUCGCCAUCAAUUGGGCCGGCGGCCUGCACCACGCCAAGAAGGCCGAGGCCUCCGGGUUUUGCUAUGUUAACGACAUUGUUCUCGGCAUUCUAGAACUUCUCAAAGUUCAUAGGCGUGUGCUGUAUAUUGAUAUUGAUGUUCACCAUGGAGAUGGCGUUGAGGAGGCAUUUUACACUACUGAUAGGGUGAUGACAGUGUCAUUUCAUAAGUUUGGGGAUUUUUUCCCAGGAACUGGGCACAUUAAAGACAUUGGGGUGGGUGCUGGAAAGAAUUAUUCUCUAAACGUCCCACUCAAUGAUGGAUUGGAUGAUGAGACUUUCCGUGGUCUGUUUCGCCCCAUCAUUCAAAAAGUCAUGGAUGUUUAUCAACCGGAUGCAGUUGUUCUUCAAUGUGGAGCUGACUCGUUGUCUGGUGAUCGGUUGGGUUGCUUCAACUUGACUGUGAAGGGCCAUGCAGAUUGCCUUCGUUUCCUUAGAUCAUUCAAUGUCCCUCUAAUGGUCUUGGGUGGGGGAGGAUAUACGGUUCGCAAUGUUGCUCGUUGUUGGUGUUAUGAGACUGCAGUGGCAGUAGGAGUGGAGCCUAGUCCUAAGUUGCCUUACAAUGAAUAUUAUGAAUAUUUUGGCCCGGACUAUAAUCUUCAUGUUGAGCCAUCCACAAUGGAAAACCUAAACACACCCAGGGAUCUGGAAAAAAUUCGGAAUACAUUACUGGAACAACUUUCCAGGCUUCCCCAUGCACCCAGUGCACCUUUUCAAACAACACCAUCGGUCAUCGAAGUUCCAGAAGAGGAAGAGGAGGACAUGGAUGUAAGGCCAAAACGUCGUAUAUGGAGUGGUGAAGAUUUUGAUUCGGAUCAUGAUGAUGACAUGGCUAGUUCAAAGAACUCUGAUUUAACUGCACAAACGAGCAGGUCUGUUGCAGAUGACAUGGACGAAGAUAAAGAUUAAAGCAGGAGUGCAUCCCUCAUCUUAAUAAUGAUAGAACAGAGCAAGUACCAGAUUUAGCAUUUUACAAAUUAGUGGGAAGCUUAUUGCUGUUUGAUCUAUUGCAUAUUUUCUCUAGACUUUUUAUGGAUAAAGUAGGGAGCAGUGUUGCCUUUGGCUGGUUGGGGGAUGGUGCCCUAGUAAUGGCGGGUUUCUACUUUUUAGAACACACCACCCCCCGAAAAUAACAUUGCCUUGCAUGUUUGCUUUGGCGGACCGGAUUUUAAAUUUCAAUAGAAAAAUAUACACAAUUACCAUUUUACC